UUCAUUAUUUUGCCUCUUUUGUUGGCUUUCUCCAUUAUUUUAUGCACUUCAAUCAAGGGCAUAUAUGUCAAUGCAUGCUCUAUAUAAUUCAACUCCCGUGCUGUCUUGUGGGUUGGAGUUUCCACAUCCACUUUCCACCUUUGACUGUAGCCAUUCACGCUUGUUCCUCUCUUCUUUGUCCUUCCUCACACUUUUCACUCUUCUCUCUCUCUCUCUAACUUUUCAGUUAUAGGAUUCAUCUCCAAUCUCCAUCUCUUCUCAGUUCUCUCUCUAUUCUAAGUUGGUGAGUAGUUUUUGAGUGAAGGAGUGGCUUUAUCUUUUUGUGGGUAAGGACACAGCAGCAUGCGGUGGUGGCCUAGUCUUUCUGUUGAUGUAUUCCGCAAAGGGAUUUCAUUGAAUCUGUAUUGCAAAGUGAUUCUGUAAUUUGUGUGGUGUGAUUUAAACCUUUUUUAAUCUUCUCUUUAAGCCGUUUCCAUGGGAUCCAAUUUCUUGGUUGUUCUUCCUUGCUACGUCCGUCAGAUCAGCUGAAGGGUAGCAUUAGCAAACACAAAUUCAUCUUUCUCUCUAAAAAAAAUUCGUUAAUUAGCCUUUUUUAUUUCCUUUUCUAGGAAUGUUGAGUUGUACCAGUUUGUUUAGUAUUUUUAGGCAUCGUUAUUUGUUUUAGUCAAAUUCAAAACCUGUUGCACUGGCGUGGAGGUGAUCAGAUUAAUAAUUGUCCUUAGCAAAAGUGUGGUUCUUGCAUUUUGAAUUGAAGAGGGUUGGGAAAAAUAGUUAUGGUGUGCCAAGCAGCGAGUCAAACGAGAUUUCGGGCAUUGAAACAUGAAAAUGGAAUCGCCGGGAGCUCCACCAUUAUAGUUAGAGUUAUAGCAUGCUUUCAACCUCUCAGAGAAUGCCAGGCUGAAUAUUUCCGUCAUUUACUCAAACCUGUCACGUAAUUGUUUUGCCUUGCUCCGUUUCGGUGGGUUCAGUCGGUUCUUUUAUUUGUUUUCUUUGUUCGUGAAACAAAAUACCUUUUGUAACAAAUAGCUAUUGAGUUGGAAUCGUUUUUUCUUCAGGUGAUUGUUCUGAUUGAAUGGGAGGAGAUUGUGGAACCUGGGUACCGCAUCUGCAAUUUGGAUGGCAAUCACCAAAUUUGAAUCCCCUUGACAUGGGGAAGCCAGUUGGUAUUUCUGCAGCUAUGAACCCUGGCUUUAAUAUGGUCUCUAGCAAUGAGACAGUGCCUGCUUUCGUGUCCUCUGCACUGCCUCAUUUGCAGUUAGGACAUUCCUAUGAACCCAGUGGUUGGUCUUAUUGUUUGCCCCCCUUUCGACAAGGAUUUUCCCCUGCUCUGAACUUCAAUGCUGAGGGAAAAACCCCUGCUGACCAUGUGAAAACUUUUGGGGACAAAAUUGGUCCCUAUGGUGAAUCCAGCUCCCAUCAGAAACAAUUUCUUGUUAUUGACCAGACGGGUGGUCAAACGACUAUUGUUUAUAGCUCUAUGUUUGGGAAUCCUGAUGAGUGCCUUGCUUCUUGGCAUUCAAAACUGCAUGGUGCUAACUAUUUGAGGGGGAAUGAACCUUCUUUCAGAAGAGAUUUGAAUUUGAAUUUGAAUUUGAACUUGAAAGUGAAUAUGACUGAGCCAACUUUGGCUCAUAAAGUGGAUGAGAAUCUGAAAACCAGCAUUGAAAGUGAGAUGCAUGAAGACACCGAAGAAAUUAAUGCAUUGCUUUACUCGGACAGCUAUGGUUAUUCUACCCAGGAUGAGGAUGAUGAUGAUGAAGUUACUAGCACAGGGCACUCUCCGAGUACAAUGACCACUCAUGAUAACUGUGAAGCCUUUAGGGGGGAAACCGCAGAAGAAGUUGCGAGCAUUGCCGGGAAAACCAAGAAGAGGAAGCAAUUGGAUGGUUAUUACGAUGACAUACAACUCAUUGAUACCGGCAGCUCUCAGAAUCUGAACAAGUCUUCUGCCACAGGAGAUGAUGCAGAAUCGAGAUGUUCUAGUAAUAACAACGAAGGAUCCUUGUCUGGCAAUAAGAAGAUGAAAAAGGAUAAGAUACGCGACGUUCUGAGUAUUCUGCGGAGCAUAAUUCCUGGUGGGAAGGAUAAGGAUCCGGCCAUGCUUCUCGAUGAUGCCAUACAUUGCUUGAAAAACUUGAAACACAAGGCUCAAGCGCUCAGACUUGAUGCCUUGUAAGUUGGAGAAUUCUUACCCACACACGUCGCUAUUUGUCAUCUAAAUAGUGUGUACUUUAUUGUGUAAGUUCUGUUGAUUUGCUUGUUGUUCAUACUUCAUGGAGUCUGCAAAAUAAACAAGGACGUGGAUGUCAAGAAGUUUGUGCUCAGCAACAUAUAUAGGUGUUACGUGUGAAAUACUGAGUAAAGUUGUCUUCUGAAGCCCUUUCUGAGUUGGAUUGUGUAAGGAAAGACGGAAGUGUUCAGUGUAUCAAGCGCAAUAAAGGAAGUAUGAAUCAUUGGUCCGUGUCUUAGACUAAAGAGAAAGUAGCACUCAUACCAUAGUAUGGUGAUUGGUGAGUGAACCAUUUUGAAUGAGAAGGGUGUUUGUGGUUGGUUAUUCCAGAUAAGGACUCAAAAAACGAGCGAACGCUGAUAUGGGGCCCAAACUUGCUUCCUCUUUUUGUAUCCUUGUCAUGUUUGAUCAGAUGAAGAAUUUUUUUUUCACUGGCUGUGAAAGAUCGAGGUAACUUGGUGCAGUUGGCCGGGCACACUCGUUCACAAGUUUCCUCCGGGAUAGUUACUGCAGCAGUGUAGUGUAGGACGCAUGUGGGAAACAGAUAUUUGUGUUCUCUGAGUUGUGCCCUACUUACUACAUUUAUGGGUUUGUGUUGUGUGUAUCGUUAUUGGUGUAUGACUAUGGACUACUUAAAGGAUUGGAUGAUACUAUCUCUUUGGUUGAUGUUAUUUAAUAUGGAUGGUGUUACUAUUGUCUUUUUGCUUGUA